GUGGACGAGGCGCCAUAUCAGCCGCAUGGGCAGCCAAGCAGAUAGAUACUAGAUACUACCACGUGAUACUACAGAUUAUAGAAACAAUCAAAACUUGUUGUAAGUUAGCGCUGUGUCGUUCACGUACCGCAACCCCAAACUGAUGCUGACGCAUUAUACUGUUUGUUUGAAGUCGGCGCCGAUCGGCUGACGGCUGACAUCGUGCGAAGAGCGAGAAGGUGGAAGAGCAGAGGCGGCAGAGAAAGUCUUUCAUCCCACAGCAUGGUUAGAUCGGACGCCAACAGCAACAUCGAAUUGGUGGCGAAUUUGAAAAAGAACGGAGUCCUGAAGAGCCAGAGGGUGGAGCAAGUGUUGUUGACGGUCGAUCGAGGACAUUACACGCAGAACAAUCCAUAUGAAGAUAAACCACAAGGCAUAGGCCAUGGUGUAACCAUCAGUGCCCCGCACAUGCAUACUCUGGUUCUGGAAUACCUGAAAGAUAACCUGUACGAAGGUGCCAAAGUACUGGACAUUGGAUCAGGAAGUGGUUACUCCACAGUAUCCAUGGCACUUCUGGUUGGACAAACGGGUCUCACCAUUGGGGUUGAACUCAUUCCAGAAUUGGUCGCUCAGUCAAUACAGAACAUAAAGCGUGAUCAACCGGGCCUUUAUGAGUCUGAGCGGAUCAAGUUUAUCGUUGGUGAUGGGAAGAAAGGAUAUGCAAAUGCAGCACCUUAUGAUGCGAUAUUUGUUGGAGCUGCAUCACCAGAAGUGCCUAAGCAGUUACUCGGCCAGUUGAAACCUGGUGGCUGCAUGAUCUGUCCGGUGGGUGCCUGUGGAGCAAGUCAGGCUCUGCUUCAGGUCAAGAAGCUAGAAGAUGGUACAAUCAGUCAAACUUCGCUAAUGGGAGUAAUGUACGGCUACCUUAAAGAUGCUAGCUAGUUCCCAUUUGCCUUGCAGGUGAAUUUGACUUUAGUAGCAUUAUCAUGCAAUGUGUGCCAAUAUUCCUGUAUGAAAGUUUUAAAAUAUGAUUCAUGAG